UAUAUAUAUAUAUGUAUAUGUACUCCCCACACCCCCACUUGAUUCCCCUCAAAUACACAGACAAACCAAAACCAAAACCAUUCAAUUUCAAUCUAAUCAAUCAAAUCAAAAACAUCACCUGAAACGGCUCCUGCUAUGGCGAAAUACAACACCACGACUACCGAGCAAAAGUUAGGUGAUCAGAGAAGCAGCAGCGAUAUUAAGUUCACGGGAGUCAGGAAGCGAAAAUGGGGGAAAUGGGUUUCCGAAAUCAGACUACCCAAUAGCAGGGAAAGGAUUUGGUUGGGAUCUUUUGAUUCGGCGGAGAAGGCGGCACGUGCCUUCGAUGCGUCACUCUUUUGCUUACGUGGCCCCUCCGCCAAGUUCAAUUUCCCCGAUAAUCCACCGGAUAUUCCCGGUGGUAGGUCGAUGAGUCCGCCCGAGAUUCAAUUGGUGGCGUCUAGGUUCGCAAAUGCAGAGCCGGACCAACCGAGAAGCCACUCGGGUCAUUCUAUAGAUCGGUCCGUACCCAAAUUGCAAAUGGAGUACUCGCCUUCUACUUCAGUUUCGGAUGGGACAGUCCAAUUGGAUAAUGAAACUAAUUUGGACGGGACGUUUCCGGACCUAUUUACAAAUAUGGGUUCGGGUAAUUACCCUAUAGAUUACGGUUUAUUACCUGAAUUGACCGAUUUUAAUGACAGUUUUCUUGCACCAACAAUGCCUACACUUGAUUAUGAGGACGAGAAUCAGGACCAAUAUUUAGGUCAAGAUUCAUUUCUUUGGAACUUCUAAAACGGGUCAGCAAAUCCGGACAUUUUUAAGCUUCGGAGCUACUGACUUCACGUAUAAUGGGCAAUUUUUUGUAUGUAUGAAUGGAGCCAAUUUUUUUUUUUGGUAUGGCCCAUUCAUCGUCUUAUAUUCUUUGAUUUGUUCUAUUAGUAGUGGAGCUGGAGCAAUUGUUUAAACUGUAGUGGUUCAAAUUGUAGAGAAUAAAAUUAAACGUGCUGGUUUUGUAGCUUUUUUUAAUCUGCCAUGAAUGUAAUGGAGAAUGCUGACGUAGAUUUUUGUCA